AUGCGUCUUACAAUAGGAGAAGCAGCAGCAUUAUUGCUGAUUGCUUUACCGAACUUGAUCUCAGCACUCCCGGUCAACACGGGGGCUAAUGUAGAACAACUCGUUCCGCUCACUUCAGUGGGUAAGAGAGCAGCAGAAUUGGAGACAUUGGUUCCGAUCACGCAAUUUAAGAGAGAGGCGGAUUCUCUUACUUCGUGGACGUCAGGUCAGGAAAAGAGAUCUAAUGGAGAGGUGGAGGUCUUGAUCCCGGUUGUGGGAAGGGACUUGGAGAAGCUUGUUCCAAUUACGGGGCGAGAUCUGGAGAAACUUGUCCCUGUUGUAACUGGCCAUUCGAAGAGAGAAUUGGAAAAGCUCGUUCCUGUUGUACCGGUUACGCCAAGGGAUCUUGAGAAGCUUGUUCCUGUUGUAUCUUCUCAUUCGAAGAGAGAAUUGGAGAAACUUGUUCCGGUUACGCCUAGAGAUGUUGGGGAGCUGGAGGAGAGAAAAACCAUCCCUCCUGUGGAUCAAUUAGAUGCUGGAUCGAUGGCUCCAGAUGCUAUUACAACUGUGGAGAAGAGAAAGACUAUUCCUCCUGCUGAUCAGUUAGACGCUGGAUCUGUCUCUCCAGACUCUAUUAAAAACAACGACAAAAGACAAGAAUACGCUCACACAGCAACUGUCAUUGCAACAGUUUUAGAAACCGUCACUGGCGGUGUUGGUAUCCCAGGAUACCCCGCUACAGCGGUUAGUGAGAUUACAAGUGUACAUGUUUCAACCGUCACUCAUCUUCCUUCUACCGUAACUGCCGUCGUAACAACAGGUGCUUCAUCCAGCAUCGAUACCACCUGUACAGAAAGUACCACCCCUACUGGUUCAGGAAGCGUCGUUACCACUAUUCCUCUAUCCUCAAGCACCAAAGCGGCUGUCGUAACCACAACCCCUACAGGCGUCAAAACAGGAGUAACAAGUGCGCCAAUAAUCUCUAACGGAGGUACUAGCACAAAAGAAAGUGUCAAGACAAGUGGAACAAUUACCUCCAAAGUAGCCCCAUCUGGUUCCGGAAAAGCACCAUCGGGAACCGGAGCAUUCGGAACGGGAAAAAAUGGUACUCAUCCUGUUGCAACUGGAAGUUUCCGUCUUUCGGGCACAGGCGAUGUUAGUUCAAAGACAAGUAUCACUUCUGCGAAACCAUCGGCUUCAGGCUCGGUUACGACGAUUGUGGAUUCAAGCACGACAAGAAUAUAUACUACCGUCAACGCGAGUGGAAGUGGAAGCGGAUCUCCCUCCAAAGCUACUGCCAGUGCUACGUCGAGUAUCAAAGCAACUAAUGGAGGUAGCAGUACCUCAGUCCUUGCAGCAGGACCUACUGAGGUCAAAUCUUCAAGCAGCAGUGGUGUGAAACUCGUUUCUACUUCUACAUCCGCUAUUGGAUCUUCGACACAUCCUGCUUCGGGGACUACUUCGAGUAAAGUGGCAAGUGUAACGUCGAGUGCUCAUACUUCGAUUGCAACAAGUGUCAAGCCGACGACUUUGUCAAGCAGUGUUAAAGCGUCGAGUACACUCGCGACUUCGGCUAAGGCUUCGAGUACCACGGCGGCUGCGCCGGCGAUGACGAGUAAGGUCGUUUAUUCGGGAGUCCAGAAGGUGGAGCCUUUUAACGUUUAA